UGUUUGAUAGAUAGAAGGAAUCUGAGAGAGUGGGAGAGGGAGAGAGAAGGGAGGAAAUGGCACAGGAGAAUAAGGAAGGAGAGGUUAAUGGAUCGACCAAAGGGGCGGAGGCGAAUGAGAGUGUGGGUUUUAAGUUCAAUGUUCAUGCACCGGAGUUUGUACCGAGAUCAUACAGCCAAGCGUCGCCGAUCUCCGGGUACUUCUAUCCUUACCUUCAAUUCUUUGGGAAUGGUGGAGGUGGGCUGGGACCAGAUUGGAUUUACUUUGCGGAGCAAGAGCCAUCGCAUUUUGUGCCGGAACUGCAUGGAAAGGUCUCAGGUCACCCCAAAAAUAACAACGAUGUGAUUCAGAAGAUUGUAAAACAGGUCGAAUAUCAGUUCAGUGAUACAAAUUUGGUUGCAAGUGAUUUUCUAAUAAAGAUUAUGAACAAAGAUCCCGAAGGCUAUGUUCCAAUGUCUGUCAUUGCAUCUUGGAAGAAAAUAAAAUCUCUUGGUGCAAACAAUCAAAUGCUUAUUAAGGCACUUCGGACCUCAACAAAGCUCGUCGUGAGUGAGGAUGGCAAAAAAGUCAGGCGCAAGCAGCCUUUCACAGAACGAGACAAAGAGGAACUGCAGGUGAGUAGCAUAGGAAUUGGACAAGCAGUAAUUUGGGUUUCAAAAGAUCAUAAUUAUGUCAUUUAUUCAAUUUUCUACUACCCCUUGCAGUCUCGUACUGUUGUAGUUGAAAACCUCCCUGAGGAUUACUCACGGCAAAAUCUUGAAAAGAUAUUCAGUGUCGCCGGGAGUGUCAAGAAUAUCCGAAUAUGUCAUCCACAGGAACCCAAUUCUGCUAAAUCUUCAAAAACUGAUGUGCUAAUAAGUAACAAGUUGCAUGCUUUGGUGGAAUACGAGACCGUGGAACAAGCUGAAAAGGCUGUGGAGAAGCUGAAUGAUGAAAGGAACUGGCGAAAAGGUCUUCGUGUUCGAACAAUGUCUAGACGCUCGCCAAGGUCAGUGAUUCGAACCAGGAGAUCAGACUACGAUCAUUUUGAUAUAGUUUCUGAGGAUGAGCAGUCACCUUCCUCUCAAACAGUAGGUUCACUACACAUAGAACAACUACUUGAACACAAUAUUGAAGAUAACCAGAAUACCACAAAAAAGGGGUGGGGAAGGGGCAGAGCAAAAUUACAUGGGAUGGUCCAGAAUCACAAUGGCCGCGGCCUCCUGUCCCAAACUCCACAACCAGGGUGCCUUGGCCAGUCUGAAGCCUCGAGCAAGCAGAUGCUGCAGGGGCCUAGAAUGCCGGAUGGAACACGGGGAUUCACCAUGGGCCGUGGGAAACCACUCACCCCUGUCUUACCAGCUUCACCACUGACACCCACAGGCUCUGGUCCUGUUGAGCUUUGAGUUUCCUACAGUGUUCUGUCAGAUUGUCAAAAGAAUUCAACCUUCUUUGCCCAGUGGAUGAAGGCUCAGUAGUGCCAUCAUAAGCUAAUCAUUAGUUGACAUGAUGUUCAUUCGUUUCUUUUGCAACUAUGGCUUGUUCAUUUUAAUUGUUCAUCCUUUUCUGUUACUAUGGAUUGCAUAAAGUUGAGCUUGUGGCUGGAGAUAAAAUAGAUUUGCUUUUGUGAAA